AUGGGUAUCAAGGGUAUUCGCACUGCGUUGAAGGUUGAUCUUGAAAAGCCGGCGAGAGAUCAGCCAGGUCUACAUAAUCGUUGGCACCCAGAUGUUCCCUCAUGUGGGAAGAUUGCAAACAACGAGGUUGUGAAGAUUGAGUGUCUCGACUGGACGGGUGGACAAAUCGGAAAUAACGAUUCGGCCGAGGACGUCAAGAAUGUAGAUCUUACACAGAUCCACUACCUCUCCGGCCCCUUCGAUAUUGAAUCAGCCGAGCCAGGCGAUGUGUUGGUAGUCGAAAUCCAGGAUGUGCAGCCGUUCCAGGACCAACCAUGGGGAUUCUCGGGGGUCUUCCACCAAAAGAAUGGAGGAGGCUUUCUGGACCAGCUGUACCCCAAAGCCGCAAAGGCCAUCUGGGACUUUGAGGGAAUUUUCUGCUCCUCUCGACACAUUCCACAUGUCCGUUUUGCGGGUUUGAUACACCCCGGCAUCUUAGGAUGUGCCCCAUCGGCCGAGGUUCUUGCGGAAUGGAACCGUCGUGAAGGCGAGCUGAUCGCAACGAAUACAGUCGAAGAUCGAAUCGUCGCGCAGCCUCCCAAUCCACUGAACGCGCAUGCGGGCAGUGCUGCGGAUGAUAUCAAGGAGAAAGUUGCCAGAGAAGGAGCCCGAACUAUUCCAGGACGUCCCGAGCAUGGCGGCAACUGCGAUAUCAAGAACCUUUCUCGUGGCUCAAAAGUGUACCUACCCGUCCACGUGUCCGGCGCGAAAUUUUCCGUUGGAGAUCUGCAUUUCUCGCAGGGGGACGGCGAGAUAUCGUUCUGUGGUGCCAUUGAAAUGGCCGGCGAGAUCACACUCAAGUUCACCGUGAUCAAGAAUGGCAUGGCGAAGCUAGACAUGAAAUCACCAAUAUUCAACGCUGGACCCGUCGAGCCCCAGUUCGGCCCUGGGCGCUAUCUCACAUUCGAAGGAUUCUCGGUUGACGAGAACGGGAAGCAGCAUUAUCUCGAUGCUACGGUCGCGUAUAGACAGACUUGUUUGCGGGUGAUUGAAUAUCUUCGCCGCUACGGAUAUAGCGACUACCAGAUCUAUUUGCUUCUGAGCUGUGCGCCGGUCCAGGGACAUAUCGCUGGAAUCGUGGAUAUACCAAACGCCUGUACUACUCUUGGGUUGCCGAUGGAUAUUUUCGACUUUGAUAUUCGGCCCGAAGCCGAAGUCGUGAAAAGAGACAUGGGCGCAUGUGCCAUCACGGCUGACUAG